CGCACAUUGGCAAGAAGACAUAUUAGUUACGUGAAAAUAUCGUUAUCGUGCAGAAGUUGACCAGCAGUGACAGCUGGUGGCCUACGUCGUACGAAAAUUUCAUACACAAAUAAAAACUACGAUUUUUCCAUCCAUCGUCUUCAUCGUGUCUAUUCGUAUGCCCUUUCACUUCACCAACGAACCGCAGUAAAAAGAGUUGUGACGAUUAUAAUCGUUUCCCCCCCGGAUUCGUUUAGACUUCUCACUCAGCUACUUUUACGUUUCAAGCACUUCUUGUGAAAACAGCAUCACACCAACUUUUACCGGAACUACAACUACAGUUUCAAGCAACUACAACGGCAGCAUCCAUCCUCAACUACAACAAACAAAGCAGUUUGCGUUUCACAGAAACCGUGACAGCUUAAGCACUUUUCACUCAAUCUUCAGAGUAGUGUUUCACUUUUUGUGAUUUCCGUCUAAUCUGUAUCGAAUCGAUCAGACAAGCAAAAUGCGUACCGAGACCAACGUGAUCCCGGAGCCGAAGGAUCUCGACAAGCUGCUUGGCAGCACCAAGUACAUUGACCCGGAUCCGGAGGUGGGACAGGCGUUCUGGGUUGGGUGCCCGGACCUGAAGAUCCAGCGCGGCCUGGACCUGCUCUCCAAGCGCAACGGCCGCAACCUGCAACAGUCCGACAUCAUGUACUGCUGCGGUGCGUGCGUCUGGCUGGAGCCACCCUACCACGGUACCUGCCGCAUCCCGGUGUGCCGUAAGCCGCCCACCGAGUUCGGCGAGAAGCAAAGUGACCAAACCGUCUACUGGGUACUUUACGAUAUUUUUUUCGUCGUGAUGAUCAUGGUCACGAUUUGUUGUUGAUGCCUCGACACUUGCUCUUCGCUUGAAAGUUGGUAGUACUGUAAAAAAGCUAGCUUGCUUCUUUUUUUAGGCUGUGUACAACAUCUUCAAAGCCGAAAAAAAUAUCAUGCACGACAUACUUUGUUCUCAAUCUCAGGUUACCUACAUGGACUACACGUUCGUGGACCCGAUGAAGCGUCACUGCCUGGUGAAGGUGGGCGACGAGCUGCACUACUUCCGCGUGUGGUUGGCCCACAAGUUCGGGAAGAUGUUCUCCGGGUACGACAACGCGGCGGACACCAGUUGGUGGUACAAAUUCUACCUGACCCUGGACAGCGACCGCAGCAACUCCGUGGACAUAUCAAAUGUAAAAAUGUCUGGGUCUGGAAACUUGUGAUGCUGGGUGGCGCAUCAUGAUGAGGCUCCAAAUGCUGGCUCAGCAUGACAAGUUUCUGAGCUCCUCGGUGUUGCCUAUUCCGCAUGACAAACUGCGCUUCUGCAUCACAGAAAAAGGGAGCUCUUGGGUAACGUGCAUGACAGAUUUAACAGUCAUGCCAGACAAGCAUGACAAACAUGAAUUCUUCCAGACCCAGACAUUUUUACAUUUGAUAGGACAUGGAGGAGUUCCAGUCCGGGCUCG